CUUAUUUAUCUUUUUUUUUUUUUAGGUUUUUUCCCUAUGGAUGUUUGUUUUAAUCAGACUGAUAAUCAGAUGUUGGAUACACAACCUGACACUGACAUGGCACAGCAAAGAGGAUCCACACUGUUCAGGAGAUGGCUGUUUGUCUUACUUAUUAAUAGUCAAGUUCCCUCUGUUGGAUGCCAGAAGACGUCGAAUGUACCAUCAAUUAAUUGCACUAAUAAUAAUAAUAAUACCCAAUCCCUGUAUGCUGAAAUUAACACAGUUCUCUGGAGUAAAAAAAUGCGACCUGUUACACACCCAAGUGAGGUUCUAACUGUUAAACUGGGGUUAAGUGUUGCUGGUAUCCUGGGCGUGGAUGAAAAGAAGCAGGUCACGACAGCAUUUAUUAUAAUAACCAUGGACUGGAUGGUGCCAUUUCUGAGCUGGAACAAGGCUGAAUGUGGAUUUGAAAAUAUUUCAUACCCAGCGUCUGAGCUGUGGCUGCUGAGUAUACAAAUAGCUGAGCACAUGGAUGAAGAAAUAAACAUUGACAUCCCCUACCUUUAGCUCAAUUACACCGGCCAGGUUCAUCUCGUUCAACUCAAAAGAGUUGUUGCCUCGUGUCAAAUGGACAUCUACAAGUUUCCUUUUGAUGCCUAGAACUGCUCACUUACUUUCCAUUCCUUCUUGCAUGAAGAAAAUGAACUGAAGCUGAUGUCUAAAUCGGCCACGUUUAUUUUUGACUCAUCCGUUCACUCUGACUCGGGAUGGAGAUUUGUUAACAUAACAGACCUUGUUUCUGCUACUACGUUUACCAGCAAAAGGACGUUUUCUGCUGUUAAAUAUGGUAUAUUCCUUAAACGUGAGGCCAUUCUCUACGUAUUGAACCUCCUGGUCCCGAGUUGCUUCCUGAGUCUGUUGGACCUGUUCAGCUUCUUCCUGUCUUCUCAAAAUGUUGAUCGCUCUGCUUUCAAAAUGACUCUCAUCCUGGGCUAUACUGUCUUUCUUCUCAUCACUAAUGACCUCCUGCCUGAUAGCUCCUCACACACGGCCCUUAUAAAUGUAUUUUUCUCUCUCAGCUUGGCGCUCAUGGUGGCCAGCCUUUUGGAAUCGAUGUUCAUUGUUAACCUAAGUAACAACUCAAAACAUUACCCCAAAGUACCCCGGUGGCUCCGCGUCCUCGUACUGGACUUCCUUGCUCACCUCCUGUUCAUGUCCCCUAAACUUCCUGCUGCUCCGGUCACAGUGACUUUUAACCCACAUGCGAAGGUGAGGCUGGACAUGUCAGGUGAAGCAACGAUUCCUGCUGAGGCUGAAGAAAGGGAGAAGAUGGAGGGUGCAGCCGUGGUGGAUGAGCUGAAGAAAGUGGCCCGAGACGUACUGGCCAUUCGACUAAGAUUGGAAGAACAUCUGAGCCCCAAAGAGAACGAAUGGAAGCUGAUUGCGGAUGUUAUCGAUCGCCUCCUGUUUCGUUUUUACCUCCUCUUUGUGAUUGUGACCUACAUUACCAUACUAGCUAUGUGGCUCAAACACUGAAUGUAACACUGUAGAAAAUGCAAACACAACAAGCUGUCUCAAUGUUGUUUCAAUAGAACAAUGUCAACGGUGCCACUUUAUAUUCAACGGAAUUUUCAGCAUUCAUACAACAUCAGUGACGUGAACAAAGAACACUUCAGUAGGUUUUCGAUUCUUCAUAUUAUUUUUAGUCCAAAAGUAAUUAAACAUUAGUUAACGCGGGUAGUUAGUUAGCGUUUAAAUAAAUGUCAACUGCAAAAAUACAAAAAUUACUUGAUUAAAAAAAAUUAUUUGAUAAUUAAUUCAUUUGAGGAAUUGAAAAUAAUGCAGACUUACUUACUCAAAUCUUAAUCUAAAGAACACACACACACACAGAUAAAAUUACAUACUUAAUAACAACUAUUUUUUUUCUUUGGAACCAAAUGAAAGAAGGGUCUUCUGCUGUUGUUUCCUAGCUGUGGCUAAUAAAGAGAUUAUAGUAUUGAAUUUAAGAAUAUAUUAAACUUUUUGUUGCAAA